AUGUCAAAAUACCAUCCACUAUCAAACUAUUAUGUUGAGAAUAAAGAAGACAUCCCACUCACAACAUCCAAAGAAAAUCAACCUUUGUCACCUACACUUACAUGCAUCAUGGCGCCUCCUGUCAACUCAUCUCCUCUGAAAGGCCCUAAAGCUCCGAAAGGCUAUAAGACAGCGAAACCAACCAAAACUUUGAGUUAUGCAGAAAAGUCGAUGCAUAUCAAUGACGAUUACUUAAAUCAAUCCAAUACUGAUCAGACCAAGGACCUCGUCGGUUCGUCAUCGGACUUGGAAACAACGGAUUGGAAAACAAAAGGAAAAGGAAAAGGAAAAGGAAAAGGAAGAAGAAGAGCAAAAGGAAAAGAAAAAGGUAAAGCCAUGGAAGCAGACCACACUCAGCGGGAGCAAAACAUCGAUGCGGCAAAACCCUCUUUAAUUUUGGCAACGAGAAAGAAACCGAUCAACUCGAAACCGAUCAACUUACAAUCAUUCAUCUUACAACCGAAAAAAACGGCACAUGAGACAUCUGAACAUCGAAAAAAGCUGCCAUCGGAAAUUUGGAUUAAAAUUUGGGAACUCGUCGCAAGUGACAAUCCAAGAAACCUUGACAUCUGGACUUGGAGUGAAGGACCUGAAAAAUUAUGGGAGAAUGAGAAACAGCGAAUAACCCAUGGUCCCCAAAAUCGAUCUACUGGCCUCCGAUGGAAUCCGUUCAAAUUCAUAACAACACAGAUUGUUCCUCCGAUUUUACAUAUCAGCUGCCUUUCACGGGAAAUUGGUCUCAAAUAUUAUAAACUCGGCUUUGGUUGUAAUCUCGGAAUGUCCAAAAUACCCUCAGAAGAUUACUCGAUACUUGAGCCUCGAAUUUACUAUCGAAAAAAUGAUCUUGUAUGUCCAAUGGGUCGUUUCACCCAUAUAGAAGCCGAGUCUUUUUGGAAUAAUUUACCCGAAGAAAUAUCUGCAAUCGCCUUAAAUUUAGGCAAGCUCAAUAACGUUGCUCCCAAGCUGCGCGAAGAUUAUGAAGAUUAUGACAAACAAAUUGCUCACGAGCAUUUUAGUUAUGAGUAUUCGAGAGGUCUCAUUCAAGAUCCCGAUAGACUUGAGGAACUGGAAUCCUUCUCCUUGAGGGAACAUCGGGGUAAGAGAUUUUCAAAGCGUGCGACCAAGAUUUACCUGUAUUGUUUUACCGACUACAUCUCCAAACGAGGCCCCCGAGAUUUUCGAUUUACACCACUCGUCGAUGAUUCGAAAGGUCUAGGCUUACGUAGGAAUGCAGAUUCAGAUUCCAGCUUCGAAAAUUUGUUGCGCUAUGCUCGCCUUUCCCAUCGUGUGGAUGAUUUUGGUCGAGACGAUAAGUAUAAAAAAUGGGGAAGAUGGCUUCGAUAUGGAGGUUUAACAUGGUUGAAAGAUGGGGGACCAAAACCUGGUUGGAUCGAAAUUGAUAACCCUACGGCAUAUGAUCGAGCAAGGAAUAACUUCUUUUGGGAUUUAGAACCUUGGGCGGAAAAGGAAUUUAAAAAACGUGGUGUUCCUAAUAUUGGAAUGAAUUCUCAAUUUUGGGUUCCAGGAGUUCCCGAGGUUCAUUCCACGAAACUCGAGAUUCAUGGUUAA